CCCGUCACGCGGCGCCGCCCCUGCCGCCCGCGCCGGGCGGACCCGCGGCCCCGCGCCCCUCGCGCGGCCUGAGGGCUGGGCCGGGGCCGGGGGUGCCGCGGGUCCGGGGGUGCCGCGGGUCCGGGGGUGCCGCGCUGCCGCCGCCCCGCCGCCUCCCCUCCGCAGCAGUGCCUGUGCUGACGUGGAGCUGGAGAGGAAUGAUUCCCAAAAGGAAUUUCUGAAAUCCUGGCUGUGUCUCAUGCCCUUCCCCGGCUGUUUUCCAGCAGCCCCAGUCCAGGUCGGCGGUGAUGUGUCCAUCCCUGCGCCCGGAGCGCCGCGCUCCCGAAGCCGCCGCUUCCAGCUAGAUCCAGCCCGCCCCGCUGCCAUGGAGACGGGCAGCCCGGAGGAGCGGGACGGAGGGGACCGGCACGAGGGCGGGGACGCCCCUCCCGACAGCGCCAACGGCUCCGUGGUGGCCGCGGAGCCGCAGCCGCCGCCCCCCGGCAAGCUGAGGAAAACGGCCUUCAAGCUGUUCGGGGGCAAGCGCAGCAUCUGCACCCUGCCCAGCUUCUUCGGCGGCCGCGGCAAGAAGGGGCUCAGCAAGUGCAAGACGCACGACGGGCUGAGCAGCGCCGCCUGUGACAGGGGCACACAGCCGGACAGCCCCGCGGGGGGCAGCAGGGACGGGCAGCCGGGCCCUCUGCCCAGCUCCCGCAGCGCCCAGCUGCCCGUGGACACCGGCGCCAGGGGGGGCUUGGGCCAGCACGACAGCUCUCCCCCUGGGAGCAUCGAGGGCUGUGACAAAAAGCCCAACGGGGAGAAACCCUCUUGCCCCAGACCCAAAAAAGGGCUGAAAGGGUUUUUUAACAGCAUCCGGCGCCACCGGAAGAGCAAGGCUGCCGAGAGUGAGAAAGCAGAGCUCCCUGAGUGGAACGGGGACACAGAGGAGGCCGGGAAUGCUGCUGGAAUGGGAGUGGAGAGCCGAGAGGCCGUGGAGGGCAGGGGAGCAGGGCCGGUCCCUGAGGCCACGGCCUGCCCAGGGGACUCAGGGGGUGACUGUAGCUGUGGUGAGGCUGCUGAGCCCACGGGCCCCACGGCUGAUGGAGGCAGCUCCGAGGGGGACACGGUGGCCCUGCCAGGGAACGGGGACCUUCCAGAUACAAAAUCAGAGCCUGAGGCUGCUGCCUGCACGGAGUUUGACCAUGAGAGUUUGCUGCUGGCCUUCCACCCUGACUUCAUGGACAGCGAGCCUCCCUGCCUGCACUCCAGGGAGCUGCUGAGCCUCAUGCUGGGGGACGUCACCUCCCUGAAGAGCUUCGACUCCUUGACGGGGUGCGGGGACGACAUCGCCGAGCCCGACAUCGCCGAGAGCAGCAUCUCAGUGGAGCGCAGCCGCGAGGCCGCCAAGCGCAGCUCCUGCCUUGUCACCUACCAGGGCGGCGGCGAGGAGAUGGCCAUCCCCGAGGAGGCCGAGGAGUACCUGCACCAGGUGUGGGACAGCGGCGCGCCGGGGGACAGCAGCUACGGGGCACAGGUGUCCAGCAGCAGCCUGGAGACACACGCCUCUCACGAGGCUGACGCCCACCCUUAUGUAGGGGACGCCAUGGACGGUGUAGACCUCCUGACGCCCCAGAGUGACCAGCAGGAGUCUGCCCCAAACAGUGACGAGGGCUAUUAUGACUCCACCACGCCAGGGCCGGAUGAUGAGACUGGAGAGGAGCUCAAGAAGGACCGACUGCCCCGGGACAGCUACAGCGGCGAUGCACUUUACGAGUUUGAUGCCCUGAUGAGCCCCUCUCACGGUGAGGAAUCCCUGUUCGAGGGCAAAGUCCCACCCCAGGGCAUCUUCAGCUACUUCAUGGACUUCUGCCUCCCUGCAGAGAAGAGCCUGAUCCAGCAGAUAAUGGAUCAGAAAAGAGGGCUGAUGGAAACUGAAGAAGAGGGGCUUGCAGCCAUUCAGAAAGAGCUUCUGUACUGGGAGCUGCAGAGGGAGCCGGUCCUGAAACGCCUGGAUGUCUCCGGCAAGGAGAAGUGUCCCAGGGAGAAGCAGUGCAUUGAAUGUAAAAGCAGAGCAGCCAGCUCCAUUGGCAAGAGUCAGAGUGGCCUUGGGAGUGAGCAGGUGGGCUCACACACCCCGAGCCGGGCUGUCAAUGGUGGGGUUGCAGUGGCUAGGGCUGAAAAUCCAGAGUGGAGGGAUUUUCCAGGGACUCUGUGUCCGGAAAACUGUUACAACAGCCAAACAGCCCCCGGAAGUUGCCUUAUUCCGCUCACAAAGAACAACCCGGGGUUGAGUGCAGACCUGGACUGUGGCAUGUUUGGGGACUCCAUCCACGGCAGCGUGGCCCCAGCCAAGGCAGGGAUGUUCCCGGGGUUCAGGCUCGCGGAUCAGGGGUGCGGCGGCGGAGCAGAGCUCGCCCCCGGUGAGCCCCAGGCGGGCAGCGAGCCCGAGCACGCCGUGAACUUCUCGCAGGCGCUGGUGGAGUUCGCCAGCAGCGGGACCCUCUUCUCCAGCCUGUCCGAGAGCCUGGGGAGCUCGGCCUCCAGCUCGUCCUUCACCCAGAACCUUCCCGCCCUCCCCACCAUGGUCACCUUCGACGUGGUGGAUGUGGAGCAGGACGGGGAAGGGGAGUGUGAGCAGCACCCGGAGCUGACCGUGGGUGAGGACAUCGCCGAGGCCUUUGAUGAUGGCUACGGACAGAAAGAGUCCUUGGCUGAAUGUGACGAGAGAAUGUCCCCGGGCUUCUCCCCGGGCUCCUUCCAGAGCUGCAACUGGGGGGUGGCCAGCCUGCCCCGCCACCUGCGCCUGCACGGCCUGAGCCCCUCCCUGCCCGCGCCGCUCUCCGUGGACCGGAGGAGCCGCUCGCUGGACACGGAGAGCCUGGAGUUCGAGCUGGCCGAGCCGCAGGGGGCCCGGAGCGGCCCCCAGCCCGGCCAGCUCUGGGCCCGGCGCGAGGCUGGCAGGAAGGACUCUGCUGGAGCCAGGAGAAGCAGGAGCAAGGAGGAGGGCGAGCUGGUGGCUCCCGAGGGCGGCUUGAGCUGGCCGGGCCUGCGGCACCUCCAGCACGGCACCAGCACUGCUCCCGGCGGGAUGGAGCUCUGGGGCUUCGCUCCAGCCGGCACCGUGGAGAGCGGCUGGGAGCCAUCGGAGCCGCCGGACACCGUGUCCCCUUUCCUGCCUCUCUCCCGGGGUGGCAUCGGGGAGGCUCCGGAGAGGCGGCCCCAGGAGCCAGAGCUGAGCAGGCACCCGCUCCGGCCCUCCAACCUGCCCCUGCAGCCCGAGGCGAGGCAGGCCCGUGAGGCGCCCGGGUCCCACCGCUACCACGGGGACGUCCCCAAGCUGUCCCGCCUGUUACCCCUGGGGGAAGCGGAGCUGCCCCGGGGCUUUGGCUUCACCUGCUCCCCGGAGCACCGUGCCAGGGGCAAACCCGUGGGCAUCGCCCAGGGCGUGCCGCAGCACCCCGGGGACAGCAGUGGGGACGCCGAGAGCCCGGAGCGCUGCGCCGAGCCCCUCAAGGGCAGGGCCAGCCCGGGGCAUGGCAGCUGCCGGGGCACCCUCUGCAACGUCACCAACGCUGAGUAGCUGCAGGAAUGUCACCGUGUCACCAAGCCAGGGGGCUGCGGGAAUGUCACCAUGUCACCGACGCUGAGUAUCCACAGGAAUGUCA